UCAUCCAUCGUGAAAUAGUUCGCCUACGAGGGCUUGCGUCUUGCGAGACUCACGAGAUGCACCUGUUGUGCCAGUAGGUAUUGGGUCUAGUGCUCUGCUGUAGGUGUGGAACAGCAGAUGAGUAGAGGCGAUCUGAUCGGGCUGUGGGGAGACCUAAGCUAGACGUUGGUAGAUGCGCAUCUGCGCGGUUUGUUGUCGGGAUCUGCUUCGCGUUGCGGGGGCGAAGUGGACUCAGGGAUAAAUGGUCCUGUUUCUCUGAAAGAUAAUAGCAACCAUUGGGGAGACUGUACAUUUAGAACAACCUGAUUGUGGACAACGUUAUUCUCGUAUCGCCGUAGCUCGGGCAUAGACUUCUUCUUCUUCUUCUUCUUUCUGUUUUUUUCCCUUCCUGUUCGUUAUUUUGUGUUAUCGGGUGUGUUGUUUGUAGAAAUUAGAACAGGAUUUGUAAUUUCCAGGGCAUUCUGAGCAGAACGAGAUGGUAGCUAUCAAAAUUCCGCCGGAAGAGGGGCAGCCUGUGCCGCAACCUAAGCCUCAUGUGUUGAUGCUCACCAUGCCCGCUCCUGGGCACCUUCUUCCAACCAUCGCGCUGGGGAAGUCUCUGGCGAGGCAGGGAAUCAAGGUGACGUGCCUAAGCAGCGGCACGGUCUCAGUUGGUCUGCGGCGUAAUGUGGAGGACGAGUUUGACCAGCUGGACAUGACACUCGGUUCGGUAGUGGAGGACCCUGUCGCGGAGCCCGAGCAUCCCACCAAGUUGUUUUCGUGGUUGCAGAAGCUGAGCUCCGAGGAAAUGGUGGAACAUGCGGAGGCAAUUUUCAAUGGUCUCACACCCAGACCGUGUUGCUUCAUCUGCGAUGUCUUCAUUGGCUGGGCGCCCAUGCUGGAGAAGAAGAUAAAUCUGCAGCGGCAUUUCCUUAUCACCAUGUCCGCAGCGUCUCUCGCGUUCAUGUUCGCUGUGCCGGAAUUCUCUAAGCAAGGUCUUCUACCGAGGGAUUUAUGCUCAGACUCCAGAAAACUCGUCGUGCCCGGGUUACAGACAGUUCCCGAUUCCGACAUAUGGGAGUAUUUCAUCAAGGGAAGUCCCUUCCAGAUGAAUGAGAUGAUUUGGGUUCUGGAGAACUUAACUGAAUCGAUGGUGAACUCGACGUAUUUGGUUAAUAGCUGUGAGGAGCUCGAACCCGGUGUUUUCGAAGCUCUAAGAGAGCCAAUCCCAUUCACGGGAGAGAGCGCCAGAGUUCUGCCAAUAGGGCCAUUGGAAACAUCCUUUGCAGUCAAAGAUAGCGAGCGCAAUGAACACAAUCCCCUCGGAACGGUAGCCCUCGAGAAGGAGCAGAAGCUUUCAGGCGAAGUUGAACAAUGGCUGGACAACCAACCGUCGGGCUCGGUCCUUUACAUUGCAUUCGGCAGCAUUUUCUCCCUGCCAGCCGAGCAGAUUCGGGAGGUCGCACACGCGCUGGAAGCCAGCGGACAACGCUUCUUGUGGAUUCUUCGACCACCUGAAACACCCCAGGUCAUGGUCUCGAAGCAGAACUUCAAGGACGAGCUCAAGGAUCUACUUCCUUCAGGAUUUGAGGAGCGAACUCGCGAUCGAGGCAAACUGUACAGCAGCUGGGUGAUGCAACCCACCGUUCUAGCGCACCCCGCAGUUGGUCUGUUCAUGAGCCACUGUGGCUGGAACUCGAUUCUGGAAGCCGUCUCGACGUGCACUCCCAUAAUCGCGUGCUCCUGUUUCGUGGACCAGCAUGUGAACGCGAGGUUCGUCGUCGACAUCUUCCGCAUCGGCUCGGUGGCGAAGAACCCACAAGGCAAGUAUGAGCGAGGCCACAUGGAAUCCGUGAUAAGGAACAUGAUGGAAGGGGAAGAGGGCAAAGCUGCGAGAAACAACGUCACCAAGCUCAACAAAGUGCUUCGCGACGCUGUGUCGCCAUCGUCGGGGUCUUCCGCGAAGAACUUGCAACAAUAUGUGGCGGAGAUCUUCGCCAUGGCCAAGGCCCAAGCCUUCCUCCAGUCUUCGUAGUCUUUAUUUGCCUUCACUUUUAUAUUUCAGUAUUGAACUAAGCUGUGCAGAUUAGUGUCUAGUGGACCCCCUUUAGUGGAUGAUGAAUCUCUUGGAAUCCUUGAAAGUGUUUUCAGUUGUGUGCCAAGCUUUUGGAAACUAUAUCAUUGUGACACACAAUACCAUGUUGUGAUUCACAUUUGGUUGGCAAUUAUUUGUUAUUUUUGUUCC